AUGUCUACUGUGACGCUCGUGCAAUCCCAGAAUCGGACCAUGCUCCAGCAUCCUCCACCCUCAUUUCUGCAUUCAUUGCCUUCGCGGCCGGUUCAUACUCCGGAAAGACCAUCACGAAUUACAUUUUCGGCGUGCGAGCAUGGCACAUCCUCCAUGCCUCAAGAGAACCUCACACCACACUCUUCGAAGCGCAAGAAGCGCCGUCCAUACACUGUCGACUUCUUAUCUGCCUCACAGGAGUGUUUUAUUGUACCACGCUGUAACACUCGGACUGGCGUUGGUCGUGUAUCCUCCCUAAAUUGUAUGCGUGUCACACUUAUAUUCCCCGACACUCCUUUUACCUUCCGAGAUGUCACAUCGCCCUGGAACAGCAGGGCGCACCGUACUAUGGCUUCUAUCACACUAAUGGUGUCCCGGUCCUUGAGUCUUUUCUACAGGUCCACGCUUCCCUCGAGCUCUCAUUGCGUGCUGAACUUUCAGCAGGCACCAGUGAUAUUCAUUCACCUCAUCCUUGUCGACUUCGACAUUUCGGCCAGCCCUUUCUCCUUGGCUCAUUUGUUUCUUCAGCCCUACUUCACCAGCGGCGGCAUCGAAUAUCGUGAGAUCGCCUACAACAUUGUCUCUGACGCGUCCGGUUACCGCAAAACCAUCUGUCAAAUCAUCAAGGACCUCAAAAACUCAUUCGCAUGGGAACGUGUGGUGGUUGGUGAUCCUUUUGCCAGGUACAGUUUGGAUGGCGAGAAGCACUAUGCUGGCGCCCCAACUGAAGAUUUCUUGGAGGGUAUCCUUAGUCCAUGGCAAUCUCUCCUGGACCAUGCUGACGAAACCUACCUGUGGCUCUUGUGCUGCAGCGCAAUUGUCAACAACAGUGACUCGUUUGCAGGAUUGCAACGCGCAGUAGUUCAUCACAAGCUCUCUGCCACAGUCGCAUUCAAUGCUGCACGUUUUCAACCAUCUUUUGCAUCCCAUUUGCUCCUGGCAUUCACUGAACAAGUCCUUGUGGAAUGUUGCCCCAUUGGCCUCGCAUUUGGUGACAUGCUGGCGCAAGCUUACAAACUCGGUCGCCACACUGAUGUCUUCUUACUGACACCACUUGUGGGUAGUCUGAAGGUCUCCAAGUUUGUAUGGGCUGAUGUCAAGUUCCGGCCUUGGGGCGGCUUCCUGCCAAUCCAAUGCCCAAGCUGUGGGUGGACUGAUUGUUGGAGCAAUGUGUUGAAUGAGCACAAAGAUUCCUUUGUAGCAGCUAAAGGAAAUUCUGUCAUCAGGGCUCGCAUCCUCAAGACAAUCAAAGAUGCUAUAGGCAGCAGUGAAGCAGCCAAAGACCCUUGUGUCAUGCUUCCUGAGAAAAAUCUGCGCAAGGCUGUUCGUGCCUAUUAUUUGGACUUCCUGGAAGAUGAUGAGGAUCGCAAGGCAGAGGAAGAGAUUAUUGAGGGAGGAACUAAGGACACAUCUGCUCCAGAUGCUGUUACUGUAGAGAUGGUGAGACAGAGGGAAGAUGAUAAGCCUGAGGAUGCUGGGAAGUACAAGACAGAAUUCUCUGGUUUUGAUGUCGUCCAAAAAUUAUUUAAGGAUGAAUUUGCAGAAUAUGACAAGCAGCACAGAGAUACCUCCAACCCAAAGUCUAUGGGUCAGAGAACAAGAUUGGCCCGCAUGUGGCACCAGGCCAUGUCCCCUGAGGUGAAGAAGGAGCUCGAGCGAGUUACAGGAAAAUGGAACCAGGAAGGACCUCCUGCAGAUACCAAGGACAGAUACCGUACCCAUAACCAGAAAAAAAUGAUGGAGGACUUUAUGGACAUGGUCCGGAGAACCAUGAGAUUGCAUGUCGUCAUCCUUACAGCCUAUGACCGAGGUGAGGGAAAGGCUCCUGGAACUACUGUCUGGGAGACUUCACCACAAAAGGCCAAAAAACCUUUUACUCAGGCAACCAAAGACAAUCGGAAAUGGGCAGAACAUGCUCAAGAUCGUCUUGCCAACUGGCUUCUCGAAGGAGAAUAUGCCGAUGGAGAGGUUAGUGAUGGAGAGGACGACAAUGAAAAUAAUCUCCCAGAUCUGACUGUUGAGGUUGAUGAUGAUGGUUAUCCUUGCCUACCCACAGGCUUUGUAUCUCUCAAGCUCAAGCACAGGCAACAGCUUGUUCAGACUGUCUUUCAAAAGGCCUACGCUGUUAUUACCAACAAUCCCAGGGCUCUGGUGCCCUGGGGUGAGAUGUCGACCGAUUCCAAUCACUACUUUAAUUCAGGAUGCAUUCCUGAGAAUGUCGUCAUCAGGGAUCCUUCCCACCUGCAAAAGGACACGAUCACUGCAAUAUACUCCCACUGGAAAGACCAUGCUAGUCAUGACAUGCCGAUUGUACGUUUUGUUGGAUAUAGGCAAGCUGAUUUCUAUGAUGCUCGCACUAAGAAGGGAGCUGCAAAGGGCAAGUCAAGGACGAAGCCUGCCUAUGUUGAAGUCUCUUCAGAUGAGGAAGGACUCUUGAACAAGGUCACUGAUGGUAAAAGCUCUUCAGAUGAAGAUGACGUCGAGGUGGAGACUCCGACCAUUCCUGAGUCCAGCCCCAAAUACUAUCUUGCUAGGGACAUGGUCCCUUACCUCAAGUCUCUCUCUACUGUCCCUUCAUAUCAUUGUCUUCUUACUGCGGUUCAAAAGCUUCCACAAAGAACAGAUUCAAAGUCAAGGAAACAGCAUCUUCCUGUCUGGGCUUCUUGGACAUGGUCUCAGGCAUAUCUGCCUCAAGACAUCCAUGAGGAUAUGAAAACCACCUCAGUUGCCCUGGAGCAUUUGAGUAACUACCAGUUCGAUUCUCGUGGAUGGGGCAUGGUUGUGGCCCUGGGACUUAGACUCCUACUUCGUCAGUGUCGUCGUGCUCAGGAGUAUGAAGCCAACAAAGCUGGAGAUGAUGUACCUAACUACUUGGGUAACUCUAUCUUGGGCAUCCAGAUGGGCAACCAGACUGAGGAAAAGGUUGUAGAGAUAGGGGCAGAAGUUGAAGCCAUGCUGAAAGAUGAGAGCCUGGGGUUGUCUAUUGUGAGGAAAGACAUUGAGAAGAGGUGUUCAGAGAAGAAAAGGAAGUUGAAGGAGAAAAGGAGAGUCGAGGAGGAGAAGAGGGUUGAGGAAGAAGAAAGAUUGGCUAAGGAAGCAAGCAAGGUGGACAAGAGGGUAAGGAAAUCCAAUGCUAAAGGGAAGGGUAAGAGGCCUGCUGCAGAUGUGGAGGAACCAUCCAAGAAAAAAAUGAAAGCUUCCCCUUCUGAUCCAUCUUGUUGUUCUGCCAGAGACAAAGCACCUCCAAAGAAGUACAAUGUUUGA